CUCACACACUAUCUAUUGCUAUUGAUGGCAUUGGUUCAACUGGCAUCUCUGAAAGUAUUUUUGAAGAAGCCUUUCGUUACAUCAGAUGUGCUCUCUGAUUUUCUCUUCGGUAGAUUCAAGCUUAUGAACUGUGCAGAGCUUGAAAACAGUUCGCUGAAGAAUAAAACGGCACUCGUGACAGGCUGUAAUACUGGAAUAGGCUAUGCAACUUGUCUGAAAUUAGCUAAAGCUCAAGCUCGAAUCUUGAUAUGCUGUAGAACUAUGCAAAAGUCAAUAGCCACUGCAGAUAGUUUGAGAAGGGAGUUGGGUAUUCACGACAAGGGUCGCUUUUGUUGUUUCGAGGCAGAUAUGGAGAACUUGGACGCCGUCACAACUUUGGCUCAAGACAUCAUUCAGUUGAAUGAGCAAAUACACUUCGUUAUAUUGAAUGCAGGCGUUAUGCAAGCAGCAAACAAGAAAAUCACCAAAAACGGACUGGAGCUGCAUUUCGCUGUAAAUCAUAUGAGUCACUUUCUAUUAACAUAUCUACUUAUGCCUCAGUUAAUACGAAGUGCACCAUGUCGCAUUAUUGUAGUCACUUCCAAUGCUUAUGAAUACGGCAAACCAGAGCAGCUGGCCGAUCAUCGCUUUCAAAGCUUUCCUUACAUAGCUGUCUCUGCAUAUGCCCAGAGUAAACUUGCAAACAUAUUGUUUGCUUAUGAAUUGAAGAAACGGUUCAAAGAUAAAGGAAUAGAUGUGUUUGCUGUGCAUCCCGGUGCAGUGUUAUCAGAUAUUUAUCGUGAAGAGUGGUUAUUACAUGCUCCAUUAGUCGGAUUCUUCACACAAAAAGUUUUAUCUCGUAUCAUGAGGACUCCGCAGGAGGGAGGAAAAACAAUUGCAGCUUUGCUUGGCGACGCUCUAUUUUCUUCAAGUCUACGAGAAGGUUAUUCCGAUGCGUGUUUUUCCAACCUUUAUUGGAAAGACUGCAAACCACAACCAGUAAAUAGCAACCUUGUCAACGAUAUUUCUGCUGAGUUUCUAUGGCGACUUUCCAUAUCCAUACUCAAAGACCUUGGAAUUUUAAACGAUGAGCGUCUCGAAAUGGUAGAGCUUUGCGAAAAGACAAAUUGAUCGAUCGGUUCGAUUGAAAUGCCCAUAAGAUAGAAACUCAUCCAUCUUCCACGUUUACAAUUUUCUAUUUUUGGAAACUUUAUAGACGAUCCGUACUGAUCAUUGGUCGGGGAAUCAGCACAUUUGUUGGAACCAGCAAAGAAUUAUUCA